GGUCAAUGAUGCAGCUGGUUCACCAGUCCCAGAGAACUCCGACACCCAGCCAGUCCCUGAAAACUGAGGGACAGGGGUCUGAGGGAGCAGGAGGGCAGUACCUGGUGACAACCCAGUCUGGCCACGUGUACGAGUGCCUGAUCGACGGUUACCCAAUAUCAUCGGUCAACUCCCAGUUGCACUCUGGACGUUCCACACCGAUCCGUCUCGGUACAGACAGCGGUCGUCUGCGAGAGCCGAGGAGGCUGGGGUCGGAGCAGGAGGGGCGAGUGGGCAGCUGGAUGCAGGAGAAGAGACUGUGGCACCCGGCGCCCUCGGGAAUGAGCCCCAGUCCGGCCGGAACCGCCCCGCCAGGCAGCCCGGACCCGGCCAUCCGCCGAUCGAUCAGCUCCUACCGGUCCAACUCCCUCCCAGUGACGUCAGAGCCCCCGAGGUACCAGGUGCUGCGCCGAUCAUUCACACCUGAUGAGCGGUACGUUGUCCUGUCUGAGGGGCAGCGUGGGCAACCGAAUCGAUGGGAGCUCCGUCCGAGGGAGCCUCCCGGAGCUCGCUGGAGCGCUCAGGCACCCCCAUCACCACCACCCGCCGUCUGCACCGAGGGGCCGGAAUACUUUGGAAGUUGCGGAGGGUGGCUCCCCGGAGGAGGCCUAUCACCGUGGCCCGUCCCACUCCUCCCACCGAUCUCUGACCAGGCCUCACACUCCAGUUGGGAGGAUUGACGUCCUCCCCUCUCACCAGCCGAUGGGAAACGGCUACCUCCAGAUUCCUCAGGUGGCUGCUGGACCCCUCGGUUUCCCGGGGUCUCCCACUCUGCUGCCCACGGGGGAAAGCCCCUGGAACUACUACACGGCCACCUCUCCCACCGGAGCUCGGGGACCAGCACAGAGCAGACUUCCCUCGAGACCGCAGACCCCCGCCAGUCGGCUCGACGUGCUGCCUUCUGAGGAACACUUCAGCUUCCCCCCAGGAAAACCUCACAGCACCCAGAGGAGCCAGCAGAGGUCUCCGGGCCUGAUCGACAGGAUGACCCUGGGAGCACCGGAGGAGAUGGACUUCGAGGGUCUGACAGCCACGUUACCCAGCAGGUGCUACAGACCCUGCCCGAGGAUGAGCUACAGAUCUCACAGCCCUGUGGACAGAAUCACCAUUCUGCACAGAGACCGCUCCACCGACAGGUCUCUGUGUAGACACAGGGGAACCAGUUCCGGCUUCACUCAGCUUCCUCCUCGACCACCCCCCUCACCUCGAUCCUGCCUCUCUCCUCUGCUGCCAUCAGUCAGAAGACUGUCCAUCGCUCACUCUGUCAAUGGAGCUGCUCCAGAGAUCUUCCAGGAAUUCGCAGCAGAACCUGUCAGAAUGGCUGAAAGUGAAGUUGACGUGCUGUUGACCAGGUUGUGUGGGCAGGACAGAAUUCUCCAGGGGCUUGUGGCUGAAGCAACUCCACUCAAAACAGAGAAGGACAGACUGGAGGGAGCUUUGGAAGUGAUCCGUUGCCAGUUGCUGGACUUCGGGGGCCAGCAGAACCUGGCGAAGAAGUUGAUGUGCCAGCAGCGGAUUCUGCAGGAGGAGCUGAUCCAAAUCCGGGCCAGGCUCUGCGACCUCUCCAUGGAAAUGGAACAGGCUUGGAAUGAGUAUGAACUCCUGGAGAAUGAGCUGGAGCGUCUCCGAGCCCCUCGAGAGCUGAUGAGCAGGUGUGGGUCCCCACAGGAGCGGGGAGAGGCUCAGCGGGACCUGUGGAUGAUGCAGGAUGUGAUGCUGGGACUCCGCAACAACAAAAAGAACUUCCAGGUUGCAAUAGAAUCAACUCGGCACCCAGCGACGUCGUUUGUAGCUUCCCCGAUGCUUGACCAUCACUCCGAGCUGCAGGUAGACUCACGGCAAUGUCUGUCACCACUGCAGUCUCCAAGCUCAAGGCAACUCCCAAUCCACCGUGAGCCUCCACCGGGAGAGGACGAUGCCCCCUGUCGACCACCCCUCCCCCAGAUGCCAUAUCAUGAUGAAUGCUCUUCCUCUGUACCCGAGACUGAAGCUGCAUCAUUGGUGGCCCCAGAUGAACAGAAGCUCCAGGAGAAGGGAGAUGUCCAAUACGACCCCGUGACAAAUGGGAAGGUCAAGGGGCAACUCACGCUGACUGUCGGGAGCACGGGGAGGAGAGGAAGGAUGAGUGCAGAGGAACAGAUGGAGAGGAUGAAGAGACACCUCCAAGCGCGGGGCCAGGACAAAGCCAGGGCAGGCAGACCGGCCCAGAGGAGCGUGGUUAUGUCGCCAAUUGUGAGGGGACCGUUGACAGAGCAGAAGGCAGGAACCCCGGGACGCCGCUCGAGGACCCCUCUGACCAAAAGACCACAAACCAGCCACUUAUCGGGUGCCCAGCUCACUGCCGGUGCGCCACCCUCUCGAACCAGCCCAGCAAACUCCCCGACCGUUGCUACACAGGCGGCAGCAACAGAGAUGCCAGGAACGCCAAACUUGGUCGCGUCGAGCAAGCAUGUGACAAAGAUAGUGACACCUCCCACAAGGGUGGAGAGCCAGACAAGAGAAAAUAACCGUGUGGUUAGAAAAGAGUGUAAACCAAAUAAAGUCGCCAUAACGUCGCGAUACAUUGACGUGGAUCCUGACCCACCACUGAGCCCAGAGCAACUGCAAGAGAAGCAACAAACACUGGAGGCCAAGACUGUGAUCACACAGACAAGUCCUUGUGUAGCGGGGAGCUGGUCCCCCCCUGACCGAGCCACACACCUGGGAGAAGGAGAGAGGCAUCGGAUUGUUAGUCUGUCCUUCGCUCUCGCCACUGAAGCCUGCCAGCGCAGAAAAGUCAUGGCAGCUAAAACUUUAGCUGAGCUGGAGAAGUGGGAUGAGGUGACAGAGAGCCAGAGGGUGAAGAACAGAAGACAGUCCGACAAUGGCGAGUCUGAAUGGAAACUGCAGGGAAAUGUCCUCGUUUUAGCACAGCACAAAGUGACAGCCAAUCCAAACUCGGGGUACCAUCAAGAAUUGGCCAAUCCAAAUUCAGGACAGGCGACCGUUGGUUCAGAGCCAAAUGGCAACAGGGAAAGAAGCAACUGGUGUUCGGGAAGACAAAGAAUCUCCACAAACCCAAGACCAACAUAUGAGGAGGGGCAGGAUCUCAGCCUGGGAGAAGGGAACAAUUCUGCUGUCAGUCUGAAUGGCACAGGUGGCAAAUUGAAGUUCAACAGGCAGAAUGUUCAAUAACCUCAAUCCAUUUGUGGUGUAGGUUGUUGUCCUGGCCAGGAGAAACUGGUUGGAGAGAACCUAGAAGGCAAGACAGCAAGCAGCCAGGCUGUACCAAGGGUGGGGCAGACAUUUGUUAAGACUGACUCACCUCGCUGAAUCUCCAAAGGGCUCAUUGAGUCACCAGCACCAGGCUCCUCAUUGCUUGUUUUGUUAAUCCGUCCCAGUCUGGGACACCUCCCAAGGAGGACACAGCAGCGGGUCAGCGACUGGAGAGAGUGAAGGGAUCCAACUCAUCUUGAAAGUUGGGACAAUGUGGGACUAGAAUCGAACAUCAUGGUGUUGUUUCUGAUCGAUUUCCCAUGCUACAAUUUAGUGAUAGAGUGAAGAUUAGAACAGGCCAGAUUCAGGAGAAGGUCUGGUAGUCAGACCAUCGUUACGUUCAUCUCUGCCACUGAGGAAACUCUUCUUUAAAGGUUCAGUUGCUGAAUUACAUUGGAAUCCAUCCAAUGCUCACUCUCGCACCCUGGGCUCCCUGUCCAGUGAUGCCCUACAUACUGGGGGUCAUUACCUUGGACAACCUUCCCUGCACCUCAUUAACCACCCUACUGCCCCCACAAUGGACUAUCACUAACCCUUCACCUCUGGCAGUUUGAGGAGACCGGCUGGAGGAUCAGCCUUGAUUGGCUGAUCCCUGAACACCCUCCACACAAAACUAUCCAGAGGUCAGAACUAAUUUACACUAAGCUGGAAUUUUUAAAAAUCAAUAUAUUUCAACUAACAGAGAACUAAACUCUUAAACAGAAAAUGGUGGAAAUCCUGUGGGAAGAGGGAAACAGAGUUUGUGUUUUAGGUCAAGGACUUUGCAUCAGAACUGGGAAAUGCUUGACAUGUGAAAGCAAGGGCCAGGAUAAAGGAAGUGAGGAGAGAGCGUGAGAAGGUAUGUGAUGGGGAGAAGUCAGGUGAGAUUACGUGACCUUAAAGGAAGGAAGGGGUAAGGCGAGAGAGAGUGGCGAUGAGAUAAGUAAAAGGGUAAUGGAUGGAUUUUGAUGGGAUUGGAAAAAUCAUUACCAGCAUCUGUAAUCUGAGAAACUAGGGCAACGUUAGGGUAUGAAAUUGUUGAACUCACUGUUGAGUCCGUGACAGUGUAAUACUUGUUGUUAUCCAAGCCUGUGCUGAGUUCUUCUCGAAGUUUAGGUUCUGUUUCUAAAGUUGGGGAAUGGGGAGGUAUGAUAACAGUAAUCACAACAGCAAAUGUUCUGGUAUAGAUGGGGUGAAUGGGGCAUAGAUAAGGUGAAUGCACACAGUCUUUUUCCCAGGGUUGGGGAAUCAAGAACUAGAGGGCAGAGGUUUAAGGUGAGAGGGGAAAGAUUUAAUAGGACUCUGAGGGGCAACUUUUGCACCCAGAGGGUGGUCAGUAUAUGGAACGAGCUGCCAGAGGAAGUGGUUGAGGCAGGUAUAUUAACAACACAUAAAAGACACUUGGACAGGUACGUGGAUAGGAAGGGUUUAGAGGGAUAUGGGCUAAACAUUGGCUUAGAUGGGCAUCUUGGUCAGUAUGGACGAGUUGGGCUGAAGAGUCUGUUUCCAUGUCAUACGGCUCUAUCACUCUAUGGCUUUGAGUCUAAAUGUACCAAAUUAUCACUUUAAGAUUUAUUUCCCGUCCCUAAUGGCCCUAGAGAAGGUGGAGGUAAGGCCCCUUCUUGAGCUGCUGCAGUUGUGUUGUGAAGGUAACGCAGUGCUGUUUGGCAGGCAGUGCCAAGAGCUGCCACCAGUAACAAUGAAGGAGCAGCAAUAUAUCAAGAUGGUGUGCAGUUUGAAGGGGAACCAGCGAGUGGUGGUGUACCCAUGCAGCUGCUGCCUUCUGCUGCUUGUAGGUAGGAGUUGCAGGUUUGAGAGGGGCUGUUGAAGAAGCUUUAGCCGGUAACAAGCAAUGUAUCUGCAUCUCUGGAGAAGCUUGAAAGUAUUGAGGAGCUGUUUGUGUUUUUAGAAAUGCUCCCAGUAAGAUGGUGAGUGCCAGGUUAGAAAUGCUCUGCCCCUGAUUGGGUCCUGUAACACAGAGACACAAGAGAUUCUGUAGAUGCUGGAAUCUGGAUCAACACACACAAAAUGCUGGAGGAACUCAGCGGGUCAGGCAGCAUCUAUGGUUAUAAGUUGAUUGGCAAUAGAAGGUGAUUGAUAGGCAGACGAGGUGAGCAGGUGGAUUUGAAAAUGUCAGAGAGUUGAGUUGGGAGAAAAUGUUUCCAGUGAGUUUGGGGUCCAAUCCAAUGAGAGAGCAGGAUGGUAGUGAAUCAAUUGGAGAGUUUCAGAGCGUAUUAGAGAUCAGGAAGCUGAUGUUGCAGGAAAUGCCAACUAAUUUCUCAGGGAUAUUUUCCAAAAGUAUUUGAGUUCAGUUUAAUAAUGCUUUUACUGUUAUUUUGGGUUGGAAAUUUGGGAUUGUGUUAGGGGUUGAGACUUAGGGAUACAACAUUAAUGUUUUAAAGGAAAGAAUUUUAAGUAGGCCCUGUUCUUUUGGAUAAACCUACCUUUCCAUUGACGAAUUUUGAUCAGUGGUCCUUGGGUGCAGCACCUUACCCUGGCUUAGCAACGGGGCAAGAGGCCUCCUGUUUCAUAGCCAAUGGAGUCUCCUUCACGAUUGACAUGCAGGAGGCCUCCUUUCCCUUCUGCUAACCCCACCCUGUGAAGGUUACUGGAGAGCAAAUUGUGUGAUAGGAAAGCUCUGAGCUCUUUCAGGCCGAAGGGGCUGAAGCCAGUUUCACUCCCAACCACCUGAUCAUUCCUACAUGUUUAACACAACACCAAGCUGGAGGAUGUGAUGCAAAGAGCAGAAUGAAAUAGAGAUAUUUGAUU